UCAUUCGCGUGAUGCACUCGACGCGGAGCGCACGCACUCCGCUACGAUAGAACUUGCACCGAAGAGGGAAGACCCGCGCUAUUCGCGAUUACCCGACCCUGUUUUCUACUCGACGCCGUCGCUAGCAGUCACGGCUUGUGGGUGUGUUGUUUCUUUCUCCCUGUGUUCGUGUGUGUGUGGGUGCCUGUUUUCGACUCGGUGCUUCUCCUAGGCUCCCAUCGAGGGAACGUCGUCCGACGAAGUGAUACGGCUCUUUUAACAGUCCUCGGAGAAGGAGUGCCGGUGGGCCUGUACAGUUUUUUUUGCAUCUACCUCAGCGGGGGCUGCGGUCUCGGGGUUUAGUGGUUCGCAGUCGGUGUGGCUGCGACGCCGUUCGCUCUCCCGUGUUCACCCGUGUUUUGCAUCACUGCGGGAUUGUACGGAUUGCCAUGGUCUGUGAUAUCGGCCGCGCGGGCUGAAGAUCAUUGGAAACUUUUAAAUUGGAGGGAGGAGCGUCCCCUUCGGCCUCCCGUGGGUGAUCACCGCCGCUGGUAGCGGCCGCAGCAGUGUCGCCGCCGGCCGUGGGGGCAUGCCUCGCGAGCUGGCCGACGUGCAAGUGGUGUCCAGGAUGCCCGUGCCGUCGUCAAUGUACUCGUCGCGCUCGUCGCACCUCUACUCCUCCACGUCGUCGCUGCGAUCGACGAGCCUCGACCGGCGCUCGGCCACCCUGCGCGAGAGCUCCAGCUCGAGCUCGUCCUCCACCUCGAGCUACAUUUCACGCCUGCCGCCCAGGCCGUCGUUCGAGCACCGAUCCAAGGUGGUGUCCGACCUGCCGCGCCUGUCGUCGCGCGUGGUGCUCGACGUGUCCUCGGGCAGCCGUCGCAGCCUGACGCGUCAGCGCUCGGGGGAUGCCAUCUCGGACGCCGGCUCGCCCGUACUCACCCGCUACCGGGACCUGGGCACCGACUCGCCCUCGUCGCGCGCCAGCUCGCCGGCCCGACGACUGCUGGACGAGAACUGCAACCGCGCCUCGACCCCGACGCGUCGCUUGGAUUGGAACCACAACGUGUACAAUGGCAGCAGCGGGGGAAGCCACUCGCUGCCGCCGCCGCCCGACAGUCCGGGCCGGGACUCCGGCGCCUCCAUCUCGCCGGCUUCGUCGCGACACUGGCGAAACCUCGGCUCGUCCACCAGCUCCGUGGACUCCGGGGGUUCCUCGUCGUCCGACUGCUCGCCCGGACUGAGGCGUGCACGCAGGCUGUCGCUCACCUCGGAGGAGAGCUCUAGUGGGGUCAGUGUUGGAAGCUCAAGAUCCCGAGAUCACUUGGACAAGGCUCCACUGGGGCUUCGGAACCUCGGCAACACAUGCUUCAUGAACUCGAUAGUGCAAUGCCUGGCACACACACGACCCCUGCUCGAGUAUUGCCUGAAGGAUGGCUAUGUCUCCGAAAUAAACAGCAGCACCUCUUCCAUGAAGGGGGCCCUCUUUGAAGCCUUCGCAACACUCAUGAAGUCAAUUUGGAGGUGCAGCAAUGGUGAAUAUGCCAUCAGCCCUCAGGCAUUUCGCAGCCAAAUACAAAAGUUUGCACCACGCUUCAUGGGCUACAGUCAACAAGACUCUCAGGAGUUCCUGCACUAUCUACUGCAAGGUCUUCACGAGGACAUUAACCGAAUCACCUCAAGGCCAAGGCACCUCACCACAGAGAUAGAUGACAAUCUCAGUGAGUCCCAGAAAGCAGCAGAGGCCUGGAAAAGAUAUCUGCGAUAUGACGACAGCAAGAUUGUAGACUGCUUCGUUGGCCAGCUGAAGAGCACGCUGAAGUGCAGUGUCUGCGGCCACAAAUCGGUGACCUUUGACCCUUUCUGGGACCUCUCCCUCCCGAUACCCAAGAGCUCGGACCCUGUCACAAUCCAGCAGUGCCUGAGCCUUUUCACCAAAGAAGAAGUGCUCGACGGUGACGAGAAGCCUACUUGCUCUCACUGCAAGACCCGUCAGAAAUGCACGAAAAGCUUUACCAUCCACCGGUGUCCAAAAAUUCUUGUGCUUCAUCUGAAGCGAUUCUCUCCCAGUGAAAGGUUUCGGGCGAAGCUGAACACUCGUAUCGAGUUCCCACUGACGAACCUUGAUCUCUGCCCAUAUAUGUCUAACAGUCAUUAUGUGAUGUACAACCUGUACGCGGUGUCUAAUCACAGUGGCUCAACCUACUCUGGCCACUACACAGCUACCUGCUUGCACCCCAAGUCUGGCGAAUGGCACGAAUGCAACGACACAAAGGUCUCUGAAGUGAGUGCUUCACGCGUUGUUUCGUCGGAAGCGUAUGUGCUGUUCUAUGAGGCAGCCACACAGUCAUCGCGUCUCUGAGGACACGCCCCCGCAGUGCCUUCUGCCUUCCCGGACAGGUGGCCCACGUGGCGAACGGGCCACCGGGCACGACCGGGCCACUGGCAGACGCACUGCUCCCUCUGGCAGCCCACUGCUGAGGAGGAGGAUGAUAACACAGACAUCGCCCGUCCCACGUCGACGCAGUCAACACCUGCAGCCACUCCACACCGCAGCCGUCAGCGGUCGUGAUGAGCUGCCACCCAUGCCGCAGUUCAUCUGGACAGGUCACACAGAAAUAACGGGCUCACAUUCGCUUAGCACCGAGUGCAGAAAGGCCCACUUCACAUCCUGUGCUGACGGCAUUGAUUCCUCUGCACACCAGCCAGGAGGGACGGCAGCACUAUCCAACGCUUGUGACGCGCACUGUCAGCUACCCUGUUCUCUUGGGAAAUGUUGGCCUGCUACGGACACGUAUGUGCAGCUGCACAAGUGGGACUCGUGAGUGAAUGUCAACUGCCCACCCUUCUGCUGAACUCGCGUCCUCUUGUGACACAGUGGAGCUGUGUGCUCGAAUAUAUGUUGCUUUCGUGUUUUCGGUUACCGAGAUGUUUCAGUUGAACACUUGUGGAGCUCUCUUGAGCUGGCUCUUCACCCUGAUGCAUUGGCGGGCUGAUUUGCUGUGAAGAAAACAAGGAAUUGAAUGUGGCUGAAAGAGGUCGUACAGGGCAAACACUCAAGAUGAGUGCAUUGUGGUGGCCUGCAUAGAUGAACCUAUUUAUCGCAGUGUACGAUAGGCAUCACGGGUCAGCUCCAGCUAUACAGUAGUGUUCCAACCUAUUUUAAUGUGCCCCACCGUACAGUUAAUGGAGCCGUGCAAACUGCAUGCCUCAGGUUACAAUAGUAAAACAAGGGAAACAAAAGCAGCUUCAUUCGUUUUACUUCCUUGAAUGGCAUACCUUGAACUCUUCUGUAGGUGAUUUCCUGUGCUAGAAAAAAGUGAUUGCAUAGUCCUUGCCUUGAAGUAGCUUGGCAUCAAAAUUUUCUAUAUAGUUUACAUGACUGCAUCAUGAGUAGCAAGUUGAUGUCUGUAAAGUGAUAGCACUUUGGCUGCAGAGAAUGGAAUAUUCUGCCAGUGCUUGAAAAUGGGGGCUCAAAACGUUUCUGCAACAUUUGCCGGAAAUCACAAAUUCGGCCUUCUUUCUUGGCAGUCACACACACGUCAAAAUUAUACUACUGGUGAAAUGGAAGCUCUGAACGAUCAUGCCUCUGCUGAUGUCACUGGCCCCUGUAACAAUGUUUUGUGCUAUGAGCCACGCUACUCGCAACUGAAAAUUUUGAUCAAACAGCCAGCACCCGUUUGUUCCUUGCAACAUUUUUUUCUUUUCUUUUUUCUGGGUAGUUUGGCAGUUCUGGGUACACCUACAGCUUUGUGCUUUUUCUAUCUGUGGACAUGGAGUCAAGACUGCAAUCAAGCCAGUGAAAAUGUGGUGCUUGUGGAUGGUCUAACGAACAAAUCUUGCUUGCAUGCCAAAUUCAUUUUUUUUUUGUACCUUGCACCAUUUCCACAUUGGAAUUUGUCAUUUUUUCAGGUAAUUUGUGUAUGUAUGUGUGCACAUGUCGGGCUUUAGUUUGUGCAUUGAUGAGUUCACCGUAGCUGCUGUGAAGUUACCAGACACAAUUUUUCCUGUCAAGCUUGUUGACCUAGUGCAGAUGCAUCGUCCCAUGUGCGCAUGUUAGAGCAUUUAUUACGCCAUUCUUUGUGAGAAAAUCACUGAACAUUGAGAAAAAGGCGUGCUACAAUUAAAUGGUGCCUCCCUUCUGAAUUAUCCAGCACCAACGUCGUAGUAUAGUUCAAUUUCUCUUGUUUUCAAGCAAUGUGCCGAGUGAAUACAAAGCUUGAAACUGUAAUACUUGGUGGUGCAAAGCAUUCUUGAAGAAAGCUACUGUGAUAUGGGUGCGUGUGCCCAGGAUUGCACUGUAGGCAUCGUCGUGCAAAGACAGCAUCAUUGCGGCCGCAUUGUGAAAGGACAGCAGGUCAGUGUGUUUGGGCAGCCGAAUUUUGUAUGCGUCUGGGGUGCUAUUCUCGGUAACAUGAACAAAGAACAUGAGAGCAACAAGGGUGACCCAGGUUAUCUCGCAUUAUACAUGAAGUGCUGCUAUCUGCACACAUGUAUGUGGCUUCGCUGAGUGUGAAAAUGCCGAGGGCUUUUCCCCUUGGCAUUAAUAGUUGCGCUCUUGCGCACUUCUUAUUUUCAAUCCCCUAGCUAAAGCAAAGGAACUCUUACAGUUCGAUGGCAUUGCAGAGUGAAAGAGAAACUGCAGAUGUAAUUGACUGCUUAUUGAAAUGCUAUAUAUAUAUAUAAAUAUAUAUAUAUAACCACACGUUUGUAUAUAAGCAUGUUUAUUCUCAAAGUAUGUCCUAUUUAAGAAAAAAAGCUGAAGUUCUCAGCGCAUUGUGUCAAGAGAGAGCACUCCCUCUUGCGCUUGUUUUUGUUGAAAUGCUGUUCUUCGUGUUUUUGAGUGAAGGAUGUGUUGGUGUCGGCCAACUUGACACUCUGCUGGUAAAUUCUCGAGCACGGCCUGCUAUAGCAGCUUUAAUUAAUAUGCACAGGAAGUGCAGGCUUUUGUUGUUUCGAGCGGAGUUCUAGCUUGGCAUCUGCCAACCCCUUGCUAUUUAGGGGCGCCAGUGUUGUUUUUAAGCGUGUUGCGAGUGAAGAGAUUUGCGUUUUAUUUUUCUUUAGAGGGUGCGUCCUUUAGAUCUUAGAACUUUAUCACCUUAUAAUUUUUUCAUACUUGGUUGCUUUAAAGCAGGUUUUUUUUUUUUCUCUCUGUUUGUGAUGGCAUUUUUUUUCUUCCCUGAUGCCUUAGCGUAUUGAGCGAAAACGUCUGGCUUCAUGAGUGCUUGCUUGCCAUUAUGUGAACGAUCGUGUUGUGGAAGAAAAAGUGCAGUUCUGCAAGUUAUGAGAUGCACACUUCCAUGAGCUUCAAUUUCAUGGAUUUUGACUAUGAAUAUAUUAAAAAAAAAUUAUUCUUUGCUGAAUCGUAUGGCAGAGAGUGCUGUUUUCACUUCUCCACUCAGUCUUCGUCAUUGUAGCUACAGUGAUGUGGCAUAAUUUAUUUUCAGGCAGGCACUUGCAUUCAUGACCAGAUACUAGACUCCAAUGUUGAUUGCAGAUGCCUUUGGAUUCUCUGCACUGCAAUGCACAACUUUAUUGAAAUGCCAAAAAUUGAAGAGUUGGCAUUUUCUAGCUAGUUAUAUACAGUCAGUACCUGUCCUGCAUUAGUGAAGGCAAGCACUCUUUGAUAUGCCAGAUUUGUAAAAGUCUGUUGUAAAUACACCACAGAAACCGUAAAUGCAACCUGCCAGAUCUACUUGAAAAGACUAUCUAAAAUGCACUGUUUGCAUUUUUUGAGAGAAAUACAUACUAGAGGUUAUACUGUUGGCAGUAAGUAUAAGUAAGGUCUCACCUUUAGUGAGACCUGUUGUUCUAAUCACUCAGACCAAGCACUGCUGAAUUAUUGCUCUGUACUGUUGCAUUGAAAAGAGAGAGAAGCAAAAAAAAGUGAAUGUGCUGUGAAUAUGGUCAGGGAGGUACAGAUUGUGAGCUCUUCAGAAGAUGUUCAUCACCUGUGCAUCAGAGGGCUACGUGGAGUGUUGGUUGGUUUACAAGUCCCAAGCAGAUUGUUUAAUAGCCCAUAAGUAUGGACCCUUGGCCUGUUCUAAGCAAAUUCAAAACAAAUACCCAUUAAUAUAGACGAUUUUCCCUAUGCAUAAUUCAUUUAUUUAGAACUCGUGCAGAAAUACAUUCUCUUGUUAGCUUCACCCAAUUCGUACUACAUUGAUAUGUGUGCAAGGGUGAGUUGCUUUGCACAGAAAGCGCAUAUUGAAAUUCAUACAUGGAUUCACUUAUAGAAAUUUUUGAAAUUCUUUUAAUGAUUGCUUGCUUGGUUUACAGGCCAAAGGUGUAGCAGACAUGCCAUAGUCGGCUCUCUCUUUGUUUCCUGGAGUCAAGCGCUUCUGUAGCUCUGUGUAAAAUGUGAAAGCCACAAAUCACUUCUGUUUGUCAUACAGAACUCACCUUCUUAGUGGAGUGCAUGCAAAUGCACGCUGCAUAUAGAAGCAACACUCAUGUGAAGCACGUGCAUGUUUGAAGUUUAAAGCAUCCUUUGUGAAAUAAACAGUGUUAGGCUUUUGGC